AUGAUUGACCCAAAUACCCAGACAUGUAUUGUUAUCAUAGUCCUUGAGGUCAUCAUUGGCUUAUGUUCUAAUGUUUUUAUAAUACGCUCUCUCAUUCUUACCAGCAUCAUGGAGAGAAGAAUGGCAUCCUACAACUGUCUCCUGAUAUCUCUCAGUAUAUCCAAUGCGUACUUCUCCAUUAUCUCAUCUGUCAACUUCCUGAUCAACUAUGUUUGGCCGUCAUUGCUCAGGACCCCGAGUGGGUUUCAUAUCCUCUAUUACAUGACCCUGUGUGGAAUGACCUCCAGCUCAUGGCUUACUGCCAGCCUGUGCUUCUUCUACUUUAUAAAAAUCCGACAUUUUCAGGCGGGAAUCCUUGCCUGGGUGAGGAUGAAGAUUGAUAAAAUAGUUCCUUGGUUGAUAGUAACUGCAGAGUUCAUCUCUGUGUCUGGUGGGUUCUUAUCAUUACUGAUUUCCAGGAAAGAAUUACCUAAAAACUCAACCAAUUCCAUCUUUGAGAUGAACUUUGAGCAAAAGAAAUCUAAGCUGACACUGAUCAAUACAACUCUAAUAAUAAACUCUUUGGCUUUCUUGGUUGGGAUAAUCUCAACGUCUUCCAGUGUGUGGUUCUUAAAGGUGCAGAGAAGUGCUGGGACAUUUGGCUCCACCAAGGUUAGAGAUUAUCAGAGCGCUGUGCAGACUAUGGUCCGUCUGGUCAUCUUCUAUGCAGUCUUUUACCUGGUCUUGAUCAUUCAUGGGCUGGAAAUAUUCCCUAAUAUGAGUUGGGGGUACUGGGUGUGCAUGAUAACCCUCUUCUCUUUUGCUUUAGUCCAGUCUGGUCUCCUGAUCUACGGCAAUCCCAAACUCCGAGAAGCCUGGACACAGUUGUUCACACUUAAAUAA